UUAUGCUCUUACAUUGAUUUGCUAUUGAACAGCACAAAGCACAAACAGUGACUAUCACUGAUCUUGCCCUGCCUGUAUUUGAGUGCAUGUUAAGAACUUUGAUCACAGCGAUUGGGACAACAAAUUCUGCCAUUUCGAAAUCAUCAUGUCUCCUAAUUGCUGGAAAGCACAGUUCCUAAGCCUUGUCCUGCUGUUUUUUGUCAACAACUCUCUGUGUCGCUUUCUAGAUGUUUUUUUGCAGAGAAAGGAAGCGAGCAGUAUCCUGCAAAGAGUAAAGCGUGAAAACGCUGGUUUAGAAGAACUCAAACUGGGGGAUCUGGAACGGGAGUGUCUGGAAGAAAAGUGCUCUUAUGAAGAAGCUUCGGAGAUAUUUAGGGUAUCGGAUAACUUAGAAUCAUUCUGGAGGAUUUAUAGCGAUGGGAACCAGUGUGAUUCUGGGCCUUGUCAAAAUGGGGCUGCAUGUGUAGACCAGGUGCAGUCCUAUAUAUGCUACUGUCGAGAAGGGUAUGAAGGAAGAAACUGCCAGUCAGGUGAAAGCUCUGUUGUUCUUCUUCUUAAUGUCAUACAAGACAUGUUCUUCAUUACAGAAGAAACUAAAGACCCUGGAAGCUGUAUUAUCAACAAUGGGGGAUGUGAGCAUUUCUGUAAUGAUACGGAGGGUUCUCUUCAGAAAUGUGGAUGUGUGGAAGGCUAUGUCCUAGACAAGGACAACACCUCCUGUAUUUCACAAGUGCCAUACCCCUGUGGAAGAAUACCCGUUUUGGAAAAGAAAAUCCUGGAUGUUCUUCCCUACCCGAGGAUAGUGCGAGGAUCCGUGUGUCUCAAAGGAGAGUGUCCCUGGCAGGCUUAUCUACAGUAUUUGGAUACUUUCAUAUGUGGCGGUAUUAUUGUAAGCCCCAUCUGGGUUUUGACUGCUGCUCAUUGUGUGCAUAAUGCCUCUAUCUCAAAGCUACAAGUUGUGUUGGGUGAGCACAUAAGAACUGUGAUUGAAGGGAAUGAGCAGGUGAAGCACGUUGCUGAAAAGAUUGUUCAUGAGGACUACAGUGUCAACAUCAUAGACAAUGACAUAGCACUGCUGAAGCUGAAAACGGCCAUUACUUACAACGAUUACGUGAUGCCCAUCUGCCUGCCGGACUGGCACCUGGCGGUCCACAAACUGACGUCCAUCAAGUUCUCUACAGUCAGCGGUUGGGGCCAGUAUUCAGAUAAUGGGCCGACAGCCGAUUAUCUACAGAGACUUGAGGUUCCACGAAUCAAAACACAGGACUGCAUAGCCAGGUCCAACAUGAUCAUUACUGACAAUAUGUUCUGUGCGGGUUACACUGAGGGACGGAGGGAUUCUUGUAAAGGAGACAGCGGUGGGCCACAUGUCACAAAGUACAAGAACACCUGGUUUCUGACUGGGAUUGUGAGCUGGGGGAAGGGAUGUGCACAGCCAGGCUUCUAUGGGAUCUACACAAGAGUGUCCAGGUAUCUGGAUUGGUUAAAGGAACACAUGUCUUCAUAAUGAGUGUCUGUUAAACUGUUCCAGUUUAAUUCAUUCUGUUAGCAAAUAUAAUUGUAAACAAAAUUCACAAAUGUUUGACAUAGUUGUUGUCAAAUCCCCAAAUAUCUUUCCUAUUCUUAUAUUUGACCCUGUGAUGAUUGCAUUGUUCUUUCACAGAACAAAGUCAGCCACCAGCACUGCUUGUCAUUCCCCUGUGUCCACAUGGUAUCUUCAAGUGUGUCAAUUUGUUAUUAUGGAUGUUGUUGGCUUUUUUGUUUUAACGUUGUAAUCAAAAUAAAGCAAAUGGUUAACAAGA